CAGUUACUAAUAUGAACAUUAUGUCAUCGCCUGCCCUUGGUUCAAGUAUUCUGAACUGUGUGCUCUUGGAUCAGAAACACAUCUAUGAAGCUUAUAAGCAGGUUUUGUCAUCAAAAACACAAAAUUCGAUCUCUCUGUGGAUGUGGGCUUCCAGCGAGGCCAAUGCAGCUCUCCGUGACAUAGUGAUGCGAUUUGCUGAAUUAGAAAUUCUGGUUGUGAAACUUCUUCAAGGUUAUAUGAAAAAGUUCGUGGAGCACAGACGUGUUCUGAAGCAGGUGGUGGAGGAGGAGCACAAUGUGACAGAGGUGCGGAAUCAACACCUCGACUACUCCAAGAAAGCUGCCAAACUAUCCGCCAAAGUUGACCAGCAUGCCAAGAAGCGCGACAGUACGAAGCUGAAAAAUUUAAAGAAUGAGCUUCAAAUUGCGAGAAGUCACGAAGAGGAAAAGAAAGAACAGUUAGAUGCUGCAGUGCUGCGUCUGGAAGUGUUGAAGGCAAGCUUGGUGCGCAAUAGUCUGGUGAUGAUAAGUGACGCUGGAGUCCGUUUGGCACAAGGAAUGGAAAAGAUAAGUCUGGGUCAGCACAAAGUUUCCAAAAUGAUUCCAGUUAUUCCUGUACAUCUUGCCACCCCGACUCCAAACAACCCCACCAACACCUCCUGCUAUCCAGGAGCAGAUGUGACAAACAACUUGGUCGAAAAUCUUGCCCAGGAAAUUGGAAUAGUUAGAUCUACUCCUCAAGAAUGUAGUCAUCUUUGUGAGCCACUUUUCAAACGUGCCCAGUAUCAGACUCAUGGCUCUUCUUCGUUCUAUAAUUACCCAACUUCUUCGGCUAUUUCUAACAACCCACUAGCGAGGCUGAAUCUCGCACCUCCUCCUUACUCACCUCCAUCCCCGGGUCUUCAGCGAGACUACAGUACUGGCUCGCAACAAACAUCCGGAGGGGUUCACACAUGUCGACGCAUGAACAGAAUGAAGUACUACCAAAAUAGAGAAAGUAGUUACAAUUCAGACGGAGCUAGUCCCCGAAUGCGCUCUGGAAAAUUCACGGACGCAUACGAUGAAAUACACAGUGACGAAGCUACGUUUGACUUGAACGAUUCCGACUUCGAGCAAAAUUUUGAGACGAUUGAUUUUGACCAGAUCAGAAGAAGCAGAAGCCAGACUGACGCAGUCACAGGAGCAGCGUCUAACUCCAUUGUGACGACUCCCUUCUCAAGUGAGAAGCAGUUUAGUGUAUCUCCUUCAGGGGAAGCCAACGACCCUGGAACUGACCAGGAAGUCUAUUCUCAACCCCUACGAUGGGAUCCGGCUAAUCUGCUCAAGGACGCGGCUUCAACCAAUAAGAUCUUCGCUAGUGUGUAUAACCAGAUGAACGAACAAGUGGCACAUUGUGAGAUGCCCAAUUGUUCUCAGGAGCCUUACUUGAACUUAAUUAACAAGUGCAAUCCGAAUUGUGAAAGAUGCAGUAGCGGCUCGAAGGAGGACACUACUGAUCUAAGUAUGUCUUGCGACAGAACCAAUAGGAUGUCAGCCGCAGAGUUUGAUGAGUAUUCUCAACAACAAGCAGCUUUAAAGCGUCGAGACGGGAUGAAAGUCCGCUCGGGUUCUUUGCACGCUCAAACAAUGCUCACAAACCGACUAAAGAGACAGCAGCAUCUGCAAUCUCACAGCGGCAGUGUGGACUUGAACCUCAAAAUGAGAGAUUCCACCAAAAAAGAGUCAACUCAUGUAGUAACUCCGGAAGCUAGAGCUUCGAAAACUGGCAGCGAGAUAGAGAAGGCUUCUAAUUGUAGUCUGGAACAUGUGGACUUGAUGUCCCAUAUGCUUGACACGUUCUUUUCAGUUGAAGAGAGCGAACAUUUUGAAACUUCCGCGGCAGAAGGCAAGCAGCCAGAAAAUCAGAGCAAUGCUGUUGGCUCAUCUGUGGAGCCCGAUUGUGAUGAUAUCCAUCCCCCUUCUGGUCUGCCCCUGGAUAGGUCUGCAGUUGAGACUCCACAGCAUUCUGUCACUUCUGGUGAAGAGGGAAUCUACAGCAACCUCAACCACACCUGGUCAUCUGCUCCUUCCCUGCCUGAUUCUUGCAGGAGUUGCAUGUGUCGGAACUGCGUCGAGGCGGCAUCCAACGAAGGUGUUCUGGGAGCGGACGAUGCUCAGAUAGAUGAUGCAGUGUUUGACGACCAGUGUUCGAACAGCUAUGUGAACUAUAGCAACAGCAGACUGCGUGAAUACUCCAUGUUCUGGGCAGCAGCUGAAUCUGACUCGGAUAACAAGAGGAACCCGGCAUAUGAGGAGUUACAAACUCUCCAUAGCGACGACGGACGUAAAAGUGGCCUGGAGGAGACAUUAGAUCGAGUCUCACAGCGAAGUCGUAACAGUAACUCGGGCAGUUUGAAUGACAACUUAGACGAAGCAGAUGAGACAUCCACUGUGCAGAGAAGGCCCGCCAAAGCAACACAUGAAAGAUCGCCUCUUAAGUCACCAAGCAAGGUAUCUUCAAAAGCGGAGGAGAGUCAAGCAACUGCAAAUUCCCAAGAAAGACAAGCUAACUCCAAUGGAUCCGAAGGAGGCGCAGACGGACAGGAGUUUUCGAUCCAGGGGGGAACUCGCGAUGAAGUUGGAAUCGACAAGAAACCGAAUGGAGACUCUCUCACUCCCCAAGAUAAGCCACCGACGACUCCAAGUACGAAUAAGAACAGUGGCGGAUACUCAUCGCAACAAAUGAGACGGCCACCCAAUAAAUUUGGAAUCAGGAAGGCGUUGUUCAGAUUGAAGAACUCGAGGUUAUCGACGAGCGAGCCAAAUCUAUUUAAAAAAUAGACCAAUGUCCACGGCACAAAAUCAAACUGGAGGUCAACAUCUCUGAGUUCAAAGGUCAACGGAAUCUACAAACUAAUUCUUCACACUGUUUCUGAAUCUCUUCUCGGUGCCGUCAAACCAUCUAAAUCUGAAAUAAGUUGUGUUUGUAAUGUUCCUGCUUUUCAGUUGAAAUUUUUUCCAAGUGCAAUACAGUGUCCUAGCAUGGUGCAUCAAAUACGUAAUUUAUAUUUGUAUUUUUUAUCACAUGAUUGUUAAGAAGUUUUCCACCAUAAUCGAUCUGUUGAAUCGUUUUUCACGUUGUCUUGUCAUCUUUAGUUAGAAAAUCCAGAAUGCUGUAAUUUAUAAUUAUCAUUUAAAUUCCAACUGUUAAUAAAUAAUUUUUUGUUAUUCUGUUAAAGUUUA